AUGCAAUAUCCCAUGCUCUUCCCCAUCUCUAUUUUCUUCGUCUCUUUAAUCAUUUUGUUCACACGCUUUAGAUCACGUACCAAAUUCAACUUACCACCGUCACCGCCGAGGUUACCACUGAUCGGUAACCUUCGUCUUCUCAGAACCCACCCGCACCAUUCACUCCGAACACUCUUAGCCAAAUAUGGCCCAUUAAUGCUCUUGCAAAUGGGCCAAGUCCCAACCCUUGUGGUCUCAUCUUCAGAAAUGGUGAAAGAGAUCGUUAAGAAGCACGACGUCGUUUUCUCUGACAGACCCAAAACCUCCGCCGCCGACAUCUUCUGUUACGGCGAUCAAGAUGUGGGCUUUGCUCCUUAUGGUGAGUAUUGGAGACAAGCCAGGAAAAUUUGUGUUCUCGAACUCUUGAGUCACAAAAGGGUUCAACAAUUUCACUUGGUGAGGAAAGAAGAGACUGAUGUUUUGAGUUUUGUGGAAGAAAAUGGUAGGAGCAAAUUUGGAGAGCUGACUAGAAAGGUCAUGGAAGAUUUUGAGGCUUUUAGCCUUGGGGAUUUUUUCCCUAGAAAAUAUUUGAGUUGGAUUGAUGUUGUUACGGGGUUUACAGAGCUUGAUUUGCAAUGGGGCUAUGGUUUUUUGUUUGAGAUUUCUGGGAAAGAGCAGGGAGGCGGAAGGGAAAGCCCCUUUAUGUCGACAACUUUCAUCGGCGCAUUUGGCCAAAUGCGCCAGCAAAGUCGCAUUCCUUAUACUGAGUGGGGAGUUCGACAGGUGGUGGGUUCUUUCGGAGGUGCCUUAGGUGGGGAAUGGCGAAGCUUUGGGCUUCUUGAUCGAUAA